AUGUCUCUCGAGGUAGCACUCUUCAACAAGUGGCCACUCACGGACGUCAAGUGCCAGGACGAGUCCCUGGAGGCAUAUAUUUCAAUUGAUAACCACAGCUUCGUUCCGCACAGCGCCGGCCGCUGGUCCGCAAAGCGCUUUCGCAAGGCCAAGUGCCCCGUGGUUGAGCGUCUGACUAACUCCCUCAUGAUGCACGGGCGCAACUCUGGGAAGAAGCUCAUGGCCAUGAAGACCGUGGGGGAGGCCUUUGAGCUCAUCAACCUUUACACAGGCAAGAAUCCCGUCCAGGUCUUGGUCGACGCAGUCGCGAAUUCGGGCCCGCGUGAGGAUUCCUGCCGCAUUGGGAAGGGCGGCCAGGUCCGUCGCCAGUCUGUCGACGUCUCUCCCCUGCGUCGCGUCAAUAUCGGCAUCUAUAACAUUGCGACUGGCGCCCGCAAGGCGGCAUUCCGCAAGGUCCGGCCGUUUGCUGAGUGCCUCGCCGAAGAAAUCAUGAAUGCAGCCGCAGGCGCCGACAAGUCGUAUGCCAUCAGCCAGCGCAACUCUGUCGAGCGUAUAGCCGUUUCCAACCGCUAA